AUGCAUCUCACGCUUCAAUGCUGUUAUGCAAGAGAGGUCUGGCAUCUCUCCCUUGGUGCCAACAGCAGGAUGUACAAUGGUGUGUCUUCGGCAAGUUCAGUUUCAGAUUGGUGGAAGAUGCUUUGUACGCAAAGAGGAGCACCAGCAAGGACGGAGGAAGAGAUAACUCUGUCGGCGUACAUCGCCUGGCAUCUAUGGAAGGAGAGAAACCGUCGAGUUUUUGAGGAUAAGGACCUGACACCGAGGGCGUUGGUAAACAUGAUUCGUGAUGACGUUACAUUGCUCAGUGAGGCUUUGAGACCUACCCAUACGGCAGAGGGGUAG